CCCUAACUUAAAUUUUAUUAAUUGUCAUUGGAUAUGAGAUUGGACUUAGAUUUGAAUUUUUCUCAAGCAUUUGAGUUCACUGGUAGAAGGCCGGACGCAUAUGAACGCCGUGGCCCUCGUGGGUGGUUAAAAUGGAGCAUCUUCGCGUCUUCAUCGAAGGAAUACCGAUCCAGUCUGGUUUGGCCCCUUAAUGCCCUUUAGACAGGCAGAUUCCAUCUUCGAAGUCCUUCACAAACCCUAGAAAAGGGGAAAGGCUCCAUUCGAAAUUUGUUUGUUUAGAUGGAGAGGAAUGUAAUCAAGAAAUCUCGUGCUCAUUCUCCUAAUGGUAGUACGAGCGAGGAAGGCCUCGUGGAGAAGCUUCCUGUUGAGAUUAUUGGAGAGAUAUUGUCUCGCGUAGGAGUUGCAAGAGAUGUCAUCAGAGCUUCUCUUACUCGUCGCAAGUGGCGAGAAGCUUUUCGCAAGCACCUUCACACACUUUCCUUUGAUGUUUCUGAUGGUGAUCAUGUCUACCACGAACUUCCUACGCCUGACUUGGAAGUGUUGAUCACAAAGACCUUAUUUCAGACACAAGGUGUGCGAAAACUAUCCAUUGCAACUCACAUGCACAAGGUUUCAGCUGUUGCAGCUUUGGGCUGGUUAAUGUUCACUAGAGAAACAUUGUCGGAGUUGUUUUAUGGUGUUAUCACUUCUCCCACUAUUAGUGUUCUUGAUAUAUGCGGGAGGCGGAAACUCAAAACCUUGAGUUUAUAUGAAGAAACAAUUAUCGGGGUUGCACCAGUCUUCCAUCGAUUCCCCUGUUUGACAUCACUUUGUCUAAAUCAUUGCCGUACUUCAGAAGAGGAUUUAAACCGGUUCCUUCUGGCUCUUCCCAAACUUGAGUGUUUGGAACUACGUAACCCCGAAUUUCGAGUCGAGGAUGACUUUUUUCAUGAAGAAGUAACAGUCAAAUUGCAUUUACCUACAUUAAAGACUCUUCUUUUCAUUGGUGUCAUUGUAUUUGGACUUAUUUUGGAGACCUGUGAUGUUGGAUAUUUGCAUGUGAACGACUCUUGUUUUGGUAUAUUUAAGGUCCAUGGAUGUAAAAAUCUGAGGCACCUCAGGAUUUCUAAAUCGCAUUUUACACUUCUUGAAAUUAAAGAGGGAGACAAUCUAGAGAGUUUAGAAUUCAUCAACAGUCAUGUCGUUCAGUCAAAUUUGUUCCCGAUGAAGGUUCAAGCACCAAAGUUGAAGAUGUUUCGAAUUUGGCGUUUUAUUGGGGAACGCAUGAGAUUUUACGGAGAUGCUACAAUAAUUUUUGAUGGGUCCGAACUAGUUGUGGAUUUAGACCAAAUUGCUGUUUGUUCGCCCCAGCUAAACCAUCUUUCAAUACUCCAUGAUGUAAAUGAGCCUGUCAACUAUAACAUUAGAGGAUUGUCUCCAUUGGAGAAUGUGGUCAUCCUUGAUGUUGGAUGGGAAUGUUUUAAUUGGGAUUGUAUUGUUGACUUCACGGAAUGGACAGAGAAGGUGCUGAAGUGCUGUCCAAAUCUUAGGAAGUUGAUUGUCCAUGGAAAGGUUCUAAAAUCGGAAGAUCCCGAGUAUUUGAAGAAUCUUGCAGAGCACACCUCAACAAUGUCUGAAAUGUUGAGUAAGUAUCCACAUAUAGAAGUGAAGUUUACAUACAAUGUUGAGACCUUGCAGAACACACCUCAUCGGUAUGGCUUCGGAGGCGACUGGUGAUUGUCCCAAAUGAUUGGAAGUAUCCGCAUUUCGACGUAUAACUCAAAGCUGAUUUGGAGAUUGCUGCUGCCAACCAAACCCAUCAGGUCCAAUUUGCAUAUUAAAGCAGGCGAGAGAGAGAUGGGUUUGAUACAUUCUCAAAGUUGACAAUGGUGAAGUCGGAUGGCUGAUAACAAAAGAGAUUAGUAUCUUGAAAAUUGAGUAAUGGGAUAGGAUCAAAAUGAUAACUCUGUCCAUAGACAAUGAUUUAAUUCCUACAAUAAAAAACAACAUAAGAAGAGAUAACACCAUUUUCUUCUUUUAAUUUCGAGUUAUUUAUAUUUAAAUAAUGCUUAUAAGAUUUUUGGUACUUGGAGAUUAGUGAGAAAAUAAUGGAAUAAAAUAUGAAUGUCGUGGGCUCGUGGCCUCGUGGGUGGUUAAAAUGGAGCAUCUCCACGUCUAAUACCGAUGCUCAUUCCUUUUGCUCAUGUCGUUUAGGUCGUAGUUCCCUUUAAACACGCAGAUUUCAUCUUCGAAGUCCUUCACAAACCCUAGAAAGGGAAAGGCUCCUUUGGAAAUUUGUUUGUAUUGGUCGCAAGAUAAUUCAUGGAGAGAAAUGUAAUUAAGAAAUCUGCAUAUAUGGUUUGUAGAUGGAGAGGAAUGUAAUCAAGAAAUCUCGUGUUCAUUCUCCUAAUGGUAGUACGAGCGAGGAAGGCCUCAUUGAGAAACUUCCUGUUGAGAUUAUUGGAGAGAUAUUGUCUCGUGUAGGAGUUGCAAGAGAUGUGAUCAGAGCUUCUCUAACUCGUCGCAAGUGGCGAGAAGCUUUUCGCAAGCACCUUCACACACUUUCCUUUGAUGUUUCUGAUGGUGAUCAUGUCUACCACGAACUUCCUACUGCUGACUUGGAAGUGUCAAUCACAAAGACCUUAUUUCAAACGAAUGGUGUGCGAAAGCUUUCCAUUGCAACUCACAGUCACAAGGUUUCAGCUGUUGCAGUAUUGGGCUGGUUAAUGUUCACCAGAGAAACGUUGUCGGAGUUGUUUUAUAGGGUUAUCAUUUCUCCCACUAUUAAUGUUCUUGAUCUAUGCGGAAUGCCAAAACUCAAAACCUUGAGUUUAUAUGCCAUAAAAGUUGUUGGGGUUGAACCAGUCUUCCAUCAAUUCCCCUGUCUGACAUCACUUUGUCUAAAUUGUUGUUGUAUUUCAGGAGAGGAUUUAAACCGAGUCCUCCUGGCUCUUCCCAAACUUGAGUGUUUGGAACUACGUAACCCCGAAUUUGGACAAGUGGAUGAGUAUUUUGAUGAAGAAGUAACUGUCAAAUUGCGUUUACCUACAUUAAAGACUCUUCUUUUCAUUCGUGUCAUUGCUCUCCAACUUAUUUUGGAGACCUGUGAUAUUGGAUAUUUGCAUGUGAACGACUCUUGUUUUGGCAUAUUUAAGGUCCAUGGCAGUAAAAACUUGAGGCACCUCAAGAUUUCUAAAUCACAUCUUUCACUUCUUGAAAUUGAAGAGGGUGACAAUCUAGAGAUUUUAGAAUUCGUCACCAGUCAUGUCGUUCAGUCAAAUUUGUUCCCGAUGAAGGUUCUAGCACCAAAGUUGAAAAUGUUUCGAAUUUGGCGUUUUAUUGGGGAACGCAUGAGAUUUUAUGGAGAUCCUACAAUAAUUGUUGAUGGGUCCGAACUAGUUGUGGAUUUAGACCAAAUUGCUGUUUGUUCGCCCCAGCUCAACCAUCUUUCAAUAUUCUAUGAUGUAAAUGAGCCUGUCAACUACAACUUUAGAGGAGUGUCUCCCUUGGAGAAUGUGGUCAUCUUGGAUGUUGGAUGGGAUCGUUUCAAAUGGGAUUGUGUCCUUGACUUCACGGAAUGGACAGAGAAGGUGCUGAAGUGCUGUCCAAAUCUUGGGAAGUUGAUUGUCCAUGGGAAGGUUAUAGAACCGGAAGAUCCCGAGUAUUUGAUGAAUCUUGCAGAGCACACCUCAUCGAUGUCUGAAAUGUUGAGUAAGUAUCCGCAUAUAGAAGUGAAGUUUACAUACAAUGUUGAGACCUUUCAGAACACACCUCUUCAGUAUGGCUUUG